GGGAAGGUAAAAAAAAAGUAAAGUAAAUAACCAACCACAGCGCCCACGAAUUAGUCAAAAUACAAAUAUAUUUCUUUAAAGAAAAAAGAAAUGAACAAUAAAAGAAUAAAUUGCUACCCAUUUCUCUCUCUCUCUUUCAUCUUAUAGUACAGUCUGUCUUCAUCAAUCAUCCAACGGCCUCUCUCGCACGCACCAUGAAACCAUGACGGCAUUCUCAGAGCAUCACCGUCCACCUCAUCAGCAGUCGCCCCCACCCCCGCCGCAGAAACCGCCGAAGAAAGUCCGUAAACUCGCCGUUGAGGUAAAAAACGCCCGGAAACUCACUCCCAGGGAUGGGCAGGGCAGUGCGAGCCCAUUCGCAGUCGUGGAAUUCGGCGGCCAGACGAAGCCCACCAAUACAGUACCGAAGAGCUUGGCUCCCGAAUGGGAGGAAUUGCUCGAGUUCACCGUCCCGGAUCCCGACGAGAUGGAACAGGCAGAUCUCUUGAUCACGGUGCGCAGUAACAGGGAUUUCUUCAAUGGGAAAGCCACCGAUGAUCCCAUCAUCGGGAAAGUCCGGUUGAAAGGAAGCCGCGCCGCGAGGAGAGGGGAGGAGGCACUGGAAUACUAUCCGAUUGAGAAGAAGACUUUCUGGGGCACGCAGAUUCGAGGCGAAAUUGGGUUGAGGAUUUAUUACUACGAUGACGACGAGGAAGAGACUGUUCAAGCGGAGGAGCCGCCGCCGCAGGAGCACCAGGCGCCAGACAAGAAGGAGGAACUGAGGGAUUUGCCUGCAGCGGUGAUGCUAGAUGACGUACGGCCAAGGAUGAUGGAAAUCCCUCCUCCUGCUGCUGAUGCUUUGUCCGAUGAUGGGCGAGAAUCUUCUCCGCCCAUUGUCACCGUCGAGGACUCUCCUCGGUUUAGGAAUAUUCCACCGCCGAUUGAGUACCAACAGCAUUACGAAAUGGUUCCGCCUGGUAUGAACAUCCCUCCGCCGUUCGAACACCAUCCUCCCCCACCUGAAUUGAAGAGGAUGCAGGCGGGGAGAGUUGGGGACAGGGUUAAGGUCUUGACGCGCCAGAAAGGCGGGGAGCUUUCGCCCAGAGCCAUUGCCGGGAAGUUGCCGGAAAAGUCGGAGAAGAACUCUGCGUACGAUCUGGUCGAGCAGAUGCAAUACUUGUUCGUUAAAAUAGUCAAAGCUCGCGGGAUCGCUCCUAGCGAGGCCCCAAUCGCCAAGAUUAGAACGUCCGCCGGAGGGGUCACCUCCAAGCCGGGAUUGUUUCGGCCGGGACAGCCAGGGGAUCCUCCGACGAGCCCGGAAUGGAAUCAGGUAUUUGCUCUCAGCCACAAGCAGAACGGGUCAAGCUCCACCCUGGAGAUUUCAAUUUGGGACGGUUCGUCAGGGCAGUUUCUGGGCGGCGUUUGCUUCGAUCUCUCCGACGUUCCAGUCCGCAACCCGCCGGAUAUUCCAUUAGCUCCGCAGUGGUACCGCCUCGAGUCCGGUGAUUCCGUUGAACCCAACAAGGUCGCCGGAGACAUCCAGCUUUCCGUAUGGAUCGGGACUCAAGCAGACGAAGCAUUUCCCGAGUCGUUGAGUUCAAAUGAACCGCCGGUGGCUCACACGCGGCCCAAGGUUUACCAGUCUCCCAAGCUGUGGUAUUUCAGAGUGACCGUCAUCGAAGCACAGGAUCUCCCAAUUCCGCCCAAUCUGCCGCCGUUGACUAAGCCGGAUAUUCGGGUCAAAGCACAGCUAGGGUUCCAGUCCAUACGGACUCGGAGCGGGUCAAUGAACGCCAACAGCUCGGCGUUCCACUGGAACGAGGACAUCGUCUUCGUCGCCGGCGAGCCACUGGAAGAUAGCCUGAUCUUGCUCGUGGAGGACCGGACGGGGAUGGAUCCCAUACUUCUCGGCCACAUCGUAGUUCCCAUGAACUCGGUCCCGCAGCGGCUGGACGAACGCCUCGUGCCGGCGAAAUGGUACGGAUUGGAAGGCGGCAGCGAAGGACCCGGUGGGCCAUACAUGGGCAGGCUGAAUUUAAGGGCGUGUUUGGAGGGAGGAUAUCACGUCCACGACGAAGCAGCCCACCUGUGCAGUGAUUUCAGGCCCACGGCCAAACAGCUAUGGAAACCCGCUAUUGGGACUCUGGAGCUUGGAAUUCUCGGAGCCCGCGGGUUGAUGCCCAUCAAGUCCAAUGGCCCAGGAGCCAAAGGAUCCACCGACGCCUACUGCAUCGCCAAGUACGGCCCGAAAUGGGUCCGGACCCGGACCAUAAUGGACUGCUUCGACCCGCGUUGGAACGAGCAGUACACGUGGCAAGUCUACGACCCUUGCACGGUUCUCGCCAUUGGCGUCUUCGACAACUGGCGCAUGUUCGCCGCCGGUGACGGGGAGGAGAUCGCCGCCGACUACAAGAUUGGCAAAAUACACAUAAGGGUGUCCACGCUGGAGGUCGACAAGGUGUACACCAGUUCGUACCCGUUGCUCGUCCUGUCCCGGACCGGGUUGAAGAAAAUGGGGGAAAUCGAGCUGGCGGUCCGGUUUUCUUCCCCGGCGAUGCUGCCAGACUUGUGCACAAUUUACGGACAGCCAUUACUGCCACGCAUGCACUAUCUUCGCCCGCUAGGGGUGGCUCAGCAAGAGGCGCUACGUGUGGCCGCCAUUAAAAUGGUGGCUGCUUGGCUGGCCCGGUCUGAGCCGCCAUUGGGGAGCGAGGUGGUCCGGUACAUGUUGGACGCGGACUCGCAUAACUGGAGCAUGAGGAAGAGCAAGGCUAAUUGGUUUCGGAUCGUAGCGGUUUUGUCUUGGGUCGUCGGGUUGGCUAAAUGGUUAGACAGUAUCCGGAGGUGGAGGAACCCGGUCACGACCAUUCUGGUCCAUAUUCUCUACUUGGUUCUCGUAUGGUACCCGGACAUGGUUGUCCCGACCGGGUGCCUGUACGUGUUGUUGAUCGCAGUGUGGUACUACCGCUUCCGGCCCAAAAUACCCGCGGGUAAGGAUGCCCGGGUGUCGCAAGCCCAGAUAGUGGACCCGGACGAAUGGGACGAGGAAUUCGACACGAUUCCGAGUUCAAGACCGUCGGAAGUGGUGCACGCCCGGUAUGACCGGAUGAGGAUAUUGGCAGCAAGAGUCCAAACAGUGCUGGGCGAUUUUGCAACACAGGGAGAGAGGUUGCAGGCACUGGUGACCUGGAGAGACCCUGCAGCCACAAAGAUGUUUAUAGUGGUGGGAUUGGCAGUUACCAUAGUGUUGUACUUGGUGCCGGCAAAGAUGGUGGCGGUGGCGCUGGGGUUCUACUUCCUCCGCCACCCCAUGUUCAGGGACCCUAUGCCACCGCCCACCCUCAACUUCUUUAGAAGGCUCCCCAGCUUGUCCGACCGUUUGCUCUAGUUACAACAUACCAGUAGCAGCAGUGUGCACAAUUAGGACAAACAAACAAAAGCGACUUUGUUGACGAUGGAGAUUUUACAGUGACCACACAUUUUUUUUCUUUUCCCAAUGUGUUUCUUUUGUUCCUUAUUAAUGCCAAAAAUAAAAUAGAGAGAAGAGGAGCAAAAUUUGUCCUGGAUUCAAGGGCAGAUUUGAAAUGACAUUAAUUCUGUCGUCAA